UCAGAGCAGACGUUCAGCAGCCAUAUCCUGCCUGGAUGUGCCCGAUGCAGUUAGCCUGGAGCAGAGCAUUCCCUGCCGCUCUGGACCGGGAGCUGAGGGUCUAGAGCACCGGAGGGCGAGCGAGCGUCCCCAUGGAGUGGUCGUGCUCCUGUAGACCUUCGAGCAGCAGCUAGCUGCUGGUCCUGUGGCCAGUCCCUGGGUGUCAGGACUAAGGAGCUCACAGAGUUAUGUCAUGCCCAGACCACCAAAGGACUCCAUGAGGAUUUAUAGAAGAUGCCCCGUGUCUUGGCGCCUCUGGUGCUCCUUCUGCUGUGGCUGAUGAAGGUGGCUGCCAGCCCCCAUUCCCUGAGGAUUGCUGCCAUCCUGGAUGACCCCAUGGAGUGCAGCAGGGGGGAGAGGCUCUCCAUCACCCUCGCCAAGAACCGCAUCAACCGCGCGCCCGAGCGGGUGGGGAAAGCCAAAGUGGAAGUGGACAUCUUCGAGCUGCUGCGAGACAGCGAGUAUGAGACGGCAGAAACCAUGUGCCAGAUUCUCCCCAAAGGGGUGGUAGGUGUCCUGGGACCUUCCUCAAGUCCAGCCUCGAGCUCUAUUAUCAGCAAUAUCUGUGGGGAAAAAGAGGUUCCUCACUUCAAAGUGGCACCAGAGGAGUUCAUGAAGCUGCAGCUCCAGCGGUUCACCACCCUCAACCUCCAUCCCAGCAACACUGAUAUCAGCGUGGCUGUGGCAGGGAUCCUGAACUUCUUUAACUGCACCACUGCCUGCCUCAUCUGUGCCAAAGCUGAAUGCCUUUUAAACCUAGAGAAGUUGCUCCGGCAGUUCCUCAUCUCCAAGGACACUCUCUCGGUGCGGAUGCUGGAUGACAGCCGGGACCCCACCCCUCUCCUGAAGGAGAUCAGAGAUGACAAAACAGCCACCAUCAUCGUCCAUGCCAAUGCUUCCAUGUCCCACACCAUCCUGCAGAAGGCAGCUGAACUGGGAAUGGCGUCUGCCUAUUACACCUAUAUCUUCACUAAUCUGGAGUUUUCUCUCCAGCGCCUGGACAGCUUGCUGGAUGACCGAGUCAACAUCCUGGGAUUUUCCAUUUUCAACCAGUCUCAUGCUUUCUUCCAAGAGUUUGUCCAGAGCCUCAACCAGUCCUGGCAGGAGAACUGUGACCACGCUCCUUUUACUGGGCCAGCACUCUCUUCUGCCCUGCUGUUCGAUGCCGUGUACGCUGUGGUGACUGCCGUGCAGGAGCUGAACCGCAGCCAGGAGAUCGGGGUGAAGCCCCUGUCCUGUGGGUCUGCCCAGAUCUGGCAGCAUGGCACCAGCCUGAUGAACUACCUGAGAAUGGUAGAAUUGGAAGGUCUCACCGGCCACAUUGAAUUUAACAGCAAGGGGCAGAGGUCCAACUACGCCCUGAAGAUCCUGCAGCACACCCGCAGCGGCUUCCGGCAGAUUGGCCACUGGCAUGUCUCUGAAGGACUCAGCAUGGACAACAGGAUCUUCUCCUCCAACAUAUCAGACAGUCUGUUCAACACCACUCUGAUUGUCACCACCAUCCUGGAAAACCCUUACUUGAUGCUGAAGUGGAACCAUCAGGAGCUAGAGGGCAACGACCGCUACGAGGGCUUCUGUGUGGACAUGCUGAAGGAGCUGGCAGAGAUCCUGCGCUUCAACUACAAGAUUCACCUCGUUGGGGACGGUGUCUAUGGAGUCCCUGAGGCCAAUGGCACGUGGACAGGGAUGGUGGGGGAGCUGAUUGCUCGGAAAGCUGAUUUGGCCGUGGCAGGGCUGACGAUUACUGCGGAGCGGGAGAAGGUGAUCGAUUUCUCUAAGCCAUUCAUGACCUUGGGAAUUAGCAUCCUCUACCGAGUUCAUAUGGGCCGCAAACCUGGCUACUUCUCGUUCCUGGAUCCUUUUUCCCCUGGUGUCUGGCUCUUCAUGCUGCUCGCCUACCUGGCUGUCAGCUGCGUCCUCUUCUUGGUGGCUCGAUUGACACCCUACGAGUGGUACAGCCCUCACCCCUGCUCCCAAGGCAGGUGCAAUCUUCUGGUGAAUCAGUACUCUCUAGGCAACAGCUUGUGGUUUCCAGUGGGAGGAUUCAUGCAGCAAGGCUCCACCAUUGCCCCCCAGGCAUUAUCCACCCGCUGUGUCAGUGGAGUCUGGUGGGCAUUCACCUUGAUCAUCAUCUCCUCCUACACAGCCAAUCUGGCUGCCUUCCUCACAGUGCAGCGGAUGGAUGUCCCCAUCGAGUCGGUGGAUGACCUGGCUGACCAGACAGCCAUCGAGUAUGGCACCAUCCAUGGCGGCUCCAGCAUGACCUUCUUCCAAAACUCUCGCUACCAGACCUACCAGCGGAUGUGGAACUACAUGUACUCCAAGCAGCCCAGCGUCUUCGUCAAGAGCACGGAGGAAGGGAUCGCGCGGGUGCUGAACUCCAACUACGCCUUCCUGCUGGAGUCCACCAUGAACGAGUAUUACCGACAGCGCAAUUGCAACCUCACCCAGGUCGGGGGCCUUCUGGACACCAAGGGCUACGGGAUUGGCAUGCCCGUCGGCUCUGUGUUUCGUGAUGAGUUUGACCUGGCCAUUCUCCAACUGCAAGAGAACAACCGCCUGGAAAUCCUGAAGAGGAAGUGGUGGGAAGGAGGGAAAUGCCCCAAAGAGGAGGACCACAGAGCCAAAGGCUUAGGAAUGGAGAACAUUGGUGGAAUCUUCGUGGUUCUCAUCUGUGGCUUAAUCGUAGCAAUCUUUAUGGCAAUGCUGGAAUUUUUGUGGAGCCUUCGGCACUCUGAGCAGUCAGAGGUGUCGGUGUGCCAAGAAAUGGUGACGGAGCUGCGCAACAUCAUUCUCUGCAAGGACAGUUUCCACCCUCGUCGCAGGCGAGGGGCAAUGGUUCGGACUCGCCCUGUUAUCCCCGAGGAGCGCCGAGCCCGCAGCACAACCACGCUCAGCAACGGGAAGCUGUGCAGCGGGGGCGAGCCAGAUCCCCUGGCACAAAGACUGGCGCAAGAAGCCGCCCUGGUCGCCCGGGGGUGCACGCACAUCCGCGUGUGCCCCGAGUGCCGCCGGUUCCAAGGCCUCCGGGCGCGGCCGGCCACGGGCUCGCCCGCGCGGAGCGAGGAGAGCCUGGAGUGGGAGAAGACCACCAACAGCAGCGAGCCUGAGUAACGCUGGCACCUGGGGGGGGUCGAGCGGGAAGGGCGUCGAGGUGGGCCGAGAGGGUCCUGUUCCAUUUUACAGAACAUGGACUUGUACAAUGUCAACCUGUUUUUAAAUUCAAAGCAGUUCCCCAGAGCAGCUUCUCCAGGGCAAGGCGGACCUUGGGGCUGGCACAGGCUUGGCUUUGGUUUCGGUGUCCAAGAGGAUGAGAGUCUGGCCACAGCCCAGCAUAGCAGGGGCAAGCUCCUCCAGCUGGCCUGUCCCCAGCAGCUGUCUUGGUGCCACUGUGGGGAAGGAGGGAUGUGUUGGGUUAAAAGGUUAUAGCGGAUGCUGCCCACCGAGGGGCAAGAGUGGUUCUUGCAACUUCUCGACCCCCCCAGACCAGGAGAAAGGACACUGGUGCUGUCUCCCCAUCAUGCAGACUUACCAGGGGAUGUUCUCAAAGGGUGGGGGUGGGGAAGGGUGGGGAGGGUCUUUUUAUU